GCUCUGUCUCUGUGUUUUAAAUCCCCCCUCCCUUGCUAAAAACUCGUAUGUUAUUAUUUUCUCUCUCUAGCCCUUCUCUCUCUCUGUAGUCUAGGCCAGAGGGAGAACACGACUUUGGUUUAGUUGUCCUUCCCUUGGCCUUCCCUCUCUUUUUAUCUUCUUCUUUGCCUUCGUUAGCCAUGAAAGCUCAGCUCUUUUAAAGCAGGCUUUCGUUUUAACGUGGGUUUUGACGUUUAAGCUCUUCCAUGGAGCAGAUGGAUUCAGCUGAACUGAACCUUGAAUGCAUAGAAAAAACAUCUCCCGACCAGUUACUUGCACCAGGUUCUCCAGAAAUAAGUGGUAUCGUUGGAGAUCCACAGGUGCUUCCUCGAAUUGGGGAUCAGUAUCAGCUGGAAAUUCUACCACUGAUAGAAGAAUCUGACCGUAUUCAGCUUCUAAAGAAUCCAACUGAUGCACAAGACAUGGUUGACAUUACCAAUUCUUUUAUAAUGGGAUUACCCAUCCCUAUUAUGUGGGUCCAUGAUGAUCUUGCUAAUGAUAAAUGUGAAUCGCUGGAACAUCUCAGUGAUCCAGAUGACGCAAUGGACCGAAAUGGGUUAGUAGAGUCUGAAAAUAACAAAGAGGACCAGAUUAUUUCAAAUAAUGGAGAUUUGAAACUUGAAUCUUUGGAUGUUGCUCCAAAAUAUGGAAAAGGAGUCGGGCCAUCAGAAAGCCUUGAGUCUUCUGUGGUGGUAAGCAAGCAGAUGGAUGUGGUGUUGCCUAUGGUCCAAGAAAGGAAAUCUAACCUGGUUCAGAUGCGUGGAGGCAGAACUUAUUGUCCAGUUCCGGGCUCUUUAGGUGGAUCCUGGAGUGACAUUGAGAAGGAGAGUUUUAUCCUUGGUCUAUAUGUCUUUGGAAAGAAUCUUAUUCAGGUGAAAAGAUUUAUGGAGAGUAAAGAGAUGGGGGAUAUACUAUCUUUCUAUUAUGGGGAGUUUUAUGGGUCUGAUGGGCAUCGUAAAUGGGUAGAGUGCAGGAAGAUAAGAAGCAGAAGGUGUAUACAUGGGCAAAGAAUUUUUACUGGAUUGAGGCAACAAGAAUUGUUGUCACGCUUGCUUCCUCAUGCGUCAGAGGAAUGCCAGAAUACUUUGCUGGAGGUGUCUAGGACAUUUGGAGAGGGGAAAAUUUCUUUAGAAGAAUAUGUAUCCACCUUAAAGGCUACAGUUGGCAUGAACAUCCUUAUUGAAGCUGUAGGAAUUGGUAAAGGGAAACAAGAUCUGACAGGCAUCAUGAUGGAGCCUCUAAAGUCCAAUCAAGUUAUUUCUACUCGUCCUGAAAUACCAAUCGGCAAGGCAUGCUCAUCACUUACAUCUGGGGAAAUCAUCAAGUUUCUAACAGGAGACUUCCGGUUAAGCAAAGCCCGGUCAAAUGAUCUCUUUUGGGAAGCAGUUUGGCCCCGUUUACUAGCAAGAGGGUGGCACUCUGAGCAGCCUAAGAAUCAUGGGUGUACUGGUUCCAAGCAUGCUUUGGUGUUCCUUGUACCUGGUGUUAAGAAAUUCUCAAGAAGGAGACAUGUGAAAGGAAACCAAUACUUUGAUUCUGUCAGUGAUGUCUUGAAUAAAGUUGCGUCAGACCCAAGGCUUCUGGAGCUUGAGGUUGAAGCAGUUACAAGUGGAGGCAAGGAAGAAUUUAGGUGGGAGUCGGAGUUGAAAUUGGAUCAAGGUGGGUUCUCUGAUCGUCAACGACAUUGUUAUCUUCGACCACGCCUUUCAAAUUGCAAGUCAGACCUCAUGAAGUUUACUAUUGUGGAUACCAGUUUGGUUCAUGGAGAAGGACCAUCGAAAAUCAGAGAACUAAGAAGUAUACCUGUCGACACUACUAAUACUUCCAUCCCAACUAAAAUAUCCAGAGAACCUGAGGGAGAUAGCUCUGAGGAGAAUUUGGAUGAUCCAGACCCGGGUCAUGAUCAAGGUGAUGCUAAUAUUUCCAGCCCUUCAAAGGUCAUGUUUAACAGGGGGUCUCAUUCUGACACAUCAAAUUGCAUUAAGCAUGUUAUGCCAACUUACUGUCAAGAUCCCUCAAAUGGGCCAUCAGACAAUCAUGAGAAUUCAUAUCGCAAUAUUGAGAAGCAACCAAGGAACACUAAGUGCCAACUCAGCCGGCUUGCUAAUGGUCCAGGUCCCUCCAGUGGUUUAUCAGACAACCAUGAGAAUACAUACUCCAAUACUGAGAAGCAACCAAGGAAGACUAGGUGCCAAUUCAGCCAGAGGGUGAAACCCAGCCAGUCAAACCAUGCCCCCGUCACAAAAAGGCGGAGGUUGACUGCUUGUAGUCAUUCAGAAACAAGCCGCAGUAGGAACAGUUUUUCUGUGGCUCCUGUACAAAAACAAGGGGAACCUUCUUUCCAGUCAAACUUACUUCAUGCAAGUGAUAACAUGGUUUCUCAAGUGGGGCAAUCUCUGGAUAAGGUAUCUUCUACAUGUUCUUCAGCUAAAGGCAGUCCAGACCAGAGCAGUGAAGGGAUCCUCACUGGGAAUGGUUUUGGUGAACUACUUAAUGAGAAACCUCAACCGCGGACUUACUUUGACCUUAAUCUACCCCAUGCUCCACCAGAUUUUGAAAUGGAUGAACCCUUUACUGAAAAUGUAGACAGCCAGGGUGACCCAAAGAGGUCAUUGUUACCAUCUGAAAACAGCCAGAAGCCGGAGGAUUCCGAGGCAUUGAGAACCAAUAAUGCUGAUCAGCAGCCCACUGUAAAUGCCCGGAGGCAGAGCACAAGAAACCGGCCAUUGACAACGAAGGCGUUAGAGGCUCUUGCUAGUGGGUUCCAGAACACAAAGCGAAGGAAGAGGGGUGCAGAGGCCCUUUCAGGAGAGACCUCAAUUCCAAGGCCUUCCAGACGAGCCCGUGGCAAGGUUGGAGUUACUGGAAAUUGGGGUGUUGAAGCUGGAGUCGUGGAUUCCAAGGUUGUGGCAAUGGUGGUUGAUGGUGAGUGUAGCAGUGAUGCCUACACAAUUAGCAAGCCCCAGGUUGGAUCUGAGAAGGAUGGGACUCAUGAGUUAUUAGGGAUCACUAAACCUACAUAUCAUCCUGAAGUUUUAAUGUGUAAAGACGAUUGAUAUUGUUAGAUGGUGACAUCAUUUGGGUGUUGCAGAUGAAGAUGCAAGAAAGUUGGGAAAGAGUGGUCUGCCAGUUGGCAUGCCCAAGAACUUGUGUUCAUUGUAUUUACCAGUAAUCCAGGGAGAUCAGUGUCUCUUUUGGAUGCUUUUAUCCCAUUACAUGCAAGGAGACGAACAAUUUAUCCGUUCCAAAUGUCUGCAGUGCAUUUGGCUGCUGAAAUCAAUGAAACAUAAAGGGGCGAAAAUAAUGGUGUUUCAGGGCAGGUUAGUCACAUCUGAUGGAGCAAAACUUUGUUCUUUUGAGUAGUAGGAAGAAGAAAUGAAGUGACUUCAGAGGAAGUCGGGUUUUUCAGAUAAGAACAUUUGACAGUUUCAAUACUUAUCCUUUCCCAUAAGAUCGAUCGACAAUGCUGUAAAGCAGUUCUGACCAGCAAAGCUGGAGGGUGUCAUUCUCUUAUGUCAACUAAGGGGAGUAAUGCUUUGCGUUGUUGACUGGUCGCAUUCUGAUUGUUGUCUCUGAUUGUAGAGCCACAAUAUACACAAAUUUGGUACCCAUAAUUAUCGAUUGUGGCCGUGUUGUAAUGAACAUAGUUUCUCCCAGGUUUAUACUCCAUCUGUAUCGAAUCAUAGUUUCUACUUUUGAAUUCUUUUCUUCUUUUUUUUUCCCAGUUCUGCUUUAUUCUCACUGUGAUAUAGGAUUCAUUACAUGAACAGAACUUAUAUUCGUCCAGCUCUGUCCUAGGAAACAUGUUUUGAUGGUAGUACCUGAGUAGGAGUUGAGCA